AUGAGUGGUUCCGGAAGGAAUAAGUUCGAGAUCUCUCGGUUUUCUGCCGAGGAUGAGAAUCAUAUUAACAAGAAGCUGCCGAAAGAGCUGCUUCUGAGGAUAUUGUCCUACCUGGACGUGGUCUCGCUAUGUCGAUGUGCUCAGGUCUCCAAACUAUGGAACAUAUUGGCACUUGACGGCUCCAACUGGCAAAGAAUAGAUCUCUUCGAGUUCCAGAGAGAUGUGGAGGGUCCUGUAAUUGAGAACUUGUCACAGAGAUGCGGGGGUUUCCUCAGACAACUCUCUCUGAGAGGAUGUGAGAGUAUAGGUGAUGGCUCUAUCAAGACUUUAGCACAAUCAUGCCAGAAUAUAGAGGAUUUGAACUUGAACAAAUGCAAGAAGAUCACCGACCAAAGCUGUCAGGCGCUCGGCAGGAAGUGCAGUAAACUGCAGAGGAUAAACCUGGACUCCUGCCCCAGCAUAACAGAUAUAUCAUUGAAGGCCUUAUCAGAUGGGUGUCCGAUGUUAACACACGUCAAUGUUAGCUGGUGUCAGUCUAUCUCAGAGAAUGGAGUGGAAGCGUUGGCACGAGGAUGUCCCAAACUGAAAAGUUUUAUAUGCAGAGGUUGCAAAAAUGUAAACGACAGGGCUGUAUCGUCAUUGGCCACACAUUGUCUAGAUCUUGAAGUGUUAAACGUCCAAGGCUGUGAGAUGCUGACAGAUGAGUCGAUUAUGAAGCUGGGUGGAGCGAUGCGUCGUCUGUGCCUGUCGGGGUGUUCUCGCCUGACAGACGCCAGCCUGGCGGCGCUGGCCCAACGCUGUCCCGACCUGGUCACACUGGAACUUGCGCAGUGCUCUAUGCUAACUGAUGCUGGAUUCCAGGCGCUGGCCAGAAGUUGCAGACUUCUAGAACGAAUGGACUUGGAGGAGUGCGUGUUGAUCACGGACACCACACUAGUUCACUUAUCGAUGGGAUGCCCACGACUCGAAAAAUUGACAUUAUCACAUUGUGAAUUAAUAACAGACUACGGUAUCAAACAGUUGUCUAUGUCUCCGUGUGCUGCUGAACAUUUAACUGUACUUGGUCUAGAUAACUGUCCCUUAGUGACAGAUGGAGCACUAGAACACCUAAUAUCUUGUCACAAUCUUCAACUAAUCGAACUAUACGACUGCCAGAUGGUUAGCAGAAAUGCUAUCAGGAAGCUAAGGAAUCAUUUACCCAACAUCCGUGUACACGCAUACUUCGCUCCCGUCACGCCCCCCGUAGGGGGUGGUGGAGCGCGGCCCGGGUACUGCCGCUGUUGUAAUAUCAUAUGA